CUUGUUCUACUCAGCUGAGGCGUAUUGUCUGAUAAUGUCUGUAUGUUUGGCUACUGAAAGGGUUUUGGCCGACUAUGAGACUAUUGGUUUUCUACUAGAAGAGCUUGUCAAAGAUUUUCCAGAUGAGAGAGACAUCGAUGGUAACUGUGAGGGACAGAAUAUGAAGAUGUUAAGAGAAGAUAUGAGGCGAAUAGUAUGGUGUCACCAGAGUUUGAAUAGAAACUUCAAGAACUGUGCAGAAAAUUCAGCGUUUCCAAUCCUGAUGACCACUUGUGUAAUGUGUGUUGACACCUGUAUGAAUAUCUAUAUUCUGCUUGAGGCAGAUGAUUUGGAGACAAUAAUAAAUUAUGCUGUAAUUUGUGUUUUCAUAAACGUUACAAUAUUCUUCUCCUACAAUACGGGCCAGCGAAUUUCAAACCAGAGUGACAUAUUCCGCCAAUCUUUGGCAGAUGUACCGUGGAUAGGAAAACCAAAAUGGUUCAAGCAGGCGUUGAUCGUUAUGAUGCUGCGUACAAACAUUGACAACCAGAUGAAACCUUACGGCAUCUAUGUCCUCAACUACUUGUCCUUCAAAGAUGUCAGUCUCAUAAAAAAUCAUACAGUUUCUAUGUGUUUCACUAUUCACAUUUAUAACUAAAACAUAGGCUACAUAAUAUUUUCAA